GGGGUGGUCGCGCCUGCCACUACGGAGUACAGUAUUGGGCAUCGUCAUCGUCACGUGCGCGGGCUUUCCCCGCAACUUCUCGACUUUCUCUCUGCCGAGGACGAUGACUGGACCAAUUCCUCUCUUAUUCAGUAACCCGAGGAUACUUGAUUCCUCUACCGGCCAAAUGCCCCAAUCGGACUUGUACCAACAAUGGACCCCCAUCCAGUACUGCCUCGAGAGAGCUCGUGUGAUGGGGUUUGUCCUUCUAUCUCUUUACCUUCUCCCUGACCUUGGUUGACCUGUGUCCCUUGUUCCAUCUCCAAAGUCGAUCAGCCAGUCUCCAUCGCACCCUCAACAUGCCCAUCUUCAAGUCCGCACACCCUGACAUUGAGAGUAAGAUAUGCUUAAGUUCUCCAUGAUAGCGAUAUCUACAAUACUGACAAGUUCUUCUCGCUCUCAGUGCCAUGGCAUCUCCCGGUCUGGACAUGGCUCUUUGACUCGGAACACAGUCCCCUCCGCACCCAGAAGCCUGACCAGAUCCAAGGCUUCACCAACGCCAUUACUAAGGAGCAUUUGAGUUAUAGCGACCUCAAAGACCACUCGACUCAUCUCUCCACCGUCCUCGUCAAGAAAUAUGGCCUCAAGCAAGGCCAGACCGUCGCUUUGUUUUCUCCCAAUACCGUUUGGUACCCAUGCGCCAUGUUUGGCAUCCUGCGCGCCGGUGGUGUCGUUUCGGGUGCCUCUCCGGCCUAUAACGUUGAAGAGAUGAGUUAUGCGCUGAAGACGGCCGAGGCAAAGUUUCUCUUCACUGUCCCCAGUUCGAUGGAAAUCGCUGCCGCUGCGGCUAAGAAUGCGGGCAUUCCUCUCGACCACGUCUUCCUGCUCGAAGGCUCGAUGGAAGGUUUCACCACCAUCAAAGACCUCAUCCGACAAGGCCAGGAAUAUGGCUCCUCUGGCCAGAUUGAACAGUUUCGCCUACCCCCAGGAAAGAAGAACAAGGAUAUCUGUGGCUUCCUCUCAUUCUCUAGUGGCACCACCGGCCUCCCAAAAGCCGUCAUGAUCGCUCACUCCAAUGUCAUUGCCCAGUGUCUCCAAGUCCGCCAGAUCUCACCCAGCACCUUGACCCGCAUCCUGGCUGUCCUUCCACUCUUCCACAUCACUGGUCUUGUCCACCAAAUGCACCUUCCCGUCCUCCUCAAUGCCAAUGUCUAUAUGCUCCCUGCUUUCACCAUGGACUCGAUGCUUCAGACAGUUCAAGACUAUAAGCUGGAAGAAAUUCUCUUGGUGCCACCUAUCAUUAUCCGUCUAGUCCGCGACGAAAAGACUCUAGCAAAGUACGACCUAUCAUCCAUCAAACGCUUCUCCUCUGGUGCCGCACCACUGUCUGCCGAAAUCCUCGAUCUGCUCAAAAAGCGAUUCCCUGGCACCGGGUUUAAGCAGGGCUAUGGAAUGACCGAGUCAUGUUCUUGUAUUACGGCACAUCCACCGGAUAAAUAUUCCUUCGACUAUGCAUUCCGGGUGGGCACCAUUGUGGCAAGUACCGAAGUCAAGAUUAUCCACCCAGAUACUGGCAAGGAAUGUGGCCUGGACGAACCUGGAGAAAUCUGGGCUCGUGGGCCACAGAUUGUGAUGGGCUAUCUCAACAACCCCAAAGCAACGGCUGAGACAUUCGACAAGGACGGUUUCCUGCAUACUGGUGAUAUUGGUCAGUUAGAUAAGGAAGGCUUCAUCACCAUCACAGAUCGACUCAAGGAGAUGAUCAAAGUCAAGGGCAUCGGUGUGGCGCCUGCCGAGUUGGAGGAUCUACUCCUUGGACAUGACGAUGUGGAGGAUGUUGCUGUAUUGGGAACGCCUGAUGAUUACGCUGGCGAGAGACCGAAGGCAUACAUUGUUCUGAAACCAGGGAAGCAAAGCGGCGACGUUACAGCCAUUGGCAAAGGUUUGAUCAAAUAUGUCCAGGAGAAGAAGGUAAGGCAUAAAUGGGUGACGGAGGUUGAGAUUAUCGAUGAAAUUCCCAAGAGCCCUUCAGGGAAGAUCUUACGGAGGGUCUUGAGGGAUAUGGAUCGCUCUGGCAAAAAGGGGUUGGUUGUCAAGGACGACCGAGAACGAGCGAGGCUGUAGACGGAAGGGGAAGAACGCACUAUAAGAGCUUGAGUUGUACAUGCUCAUGUUAGACAAUAGCAAACUGCUUUGGCGCGCCAGGGCCGUGAAUUAACUAGGCAGUUGUGAGAAAUGUUGACGG